CUCAGACACCAUCAAAAGUCAAAACACUCUCUCUCACUUCGCACCUUCACACAAACACAAUCAAAUGGCCUUGUCAAUGGCGCUGCCGCUGCCCCGCGCCGCCACGAUUCGGCCGCCCUCCUCCGACGCCUUCGUCAAGGGCGUCACGCUGCUGAGGCCGCCGAAGUCUAAGGCUGCCGCCGCCGCGAGAAUUGUAGUGAUCAAGGCUUCUCACAAUUCGUUCAAUGAGAAGGCCGCGGCUGGAUUGACUGCCGCCGCGCUGACCGCCUCCAUGGUCGUCCCCGACGCGGCGGAGGCGGCCAGCGGAGGCUCCCCCUCGCUCAAGAACUUCCUGCUCAGCAUCGUCGCCGGCGGCGUCGUGGUCUUUGCAAUCGUCGGGGCGGUCGUCGGCGUCGCCAACUUUGACCCGGUCAAGCGGGGCUGAAGCUUUUUUUUUUUUUUCUUUUUUUUUUUUUUUUUUUUUUUUUUUUUUUUUUUUUUUUUUUGAGAUGAGAUGUAUUACUCCUCUUGUUUGUUGAUAGAUUAAAACUGUUACUCUUUGGAAAGAGCUUAUGAUUUUCAUAAACUAUCCACUACAUAUUAUAGAAUGGCACGAUAUCGUCUAUUUUGGUA